GUUCUUGUAUAUAAGAUUGUAUUGGAUCCGUUGAACUAGAGAUUCUCACAAAAUCGAGUCAUUUUCUAGGGAAGAGAAGACCAUUCCCGUCAUCGAAAAGCUUAAGUUGUUAAAGAAAGCACACAUUUAUCAUGGUAAAGUUGCUACUGUUCCAUUUUGCAAUCUUUAUUUUUUUUUCUUGGAAGAAUAGCCUUUUGAGUCAAGGCACAGGUACUGAAGUUCUUCCUGUUGAAACUUUUGGCAGUCCCUGUUGCUGAAUACUGUUUUAGCCCAGUGAAUAAGUUCUCUUUAGGUGCAUAGGCAGCAUGUGGUUAUUUGCUUUCAAGUUUUGUAUGUUUUAGCAGUCAAUAUUGAUCUAUUAACAACUGCCACGCCAAGCAGAAGCACAAACUAACAGUAACAUGGCUUCUAUUUUGUCUACAAGUGGUAUUAAGGACAACUUUCCACAACCAUUCAGAUUAUCUCUUUCCCUAUAAAAAGCAUGUAGCUUUGCUGCAUUAUUCCAACGAGAACAAAAUCAAAGAUCACAUUGAAAACCAAUUAGAACAUGGCAAUCAAGGCUUCAUUUUGUCUGCAUUAUGUCCCAAUAUUGUUGAUUUUAGCACUAGCAACAAGGUCUGAAGCAGGGGGAAUUGCUAUCUAUUGGGGACAAAAUGGCAAUGAAGGGACACUAGCCGAGACUUGUGCUACAGGGAACUAUGACUACGUGAACAUAGCAUUCCUCUCAACUUUUGGCAGCGGCCGAAACGCGAUGCUCAAUCUAGCAGGCCAUUGUGAUCCAUACACUCCAAAUGGAUGCGUUAGCUUGAGUUCUGACAUAAAAUCUUGUCAAUCCAAAGGAAUCAAAGUCAUGUUAUCGAUCGGAGGAGGAGCAGGAGCAUACUCAAUUGCCUCCCCUGGCGACGCUUAUCAAGUCGCUACAUAUCUCUGGAACAACUUUUUAGGUGGAAAAUCGCCCUCUCGCCCUCUAGGAGAUGCGAUUUUGGAUGGAAUCGACUUUGAUCUAGAGAGUGGAGAAGGACCAUAUUGGGGUGAUCUUGCUAAGAAUCUUGCAAAAUAUAGCAACAGAGGCAACAAGAAAGUGUACUUAACUGCAGCCCCACAGUGUCCAUUUCCUGAUGCUUGUGUUGGAGGGGCCUUGCAAACAGGAGUUUUUGACUAUGUUUGGGUGCAGUUUUACAACAAUCCUCCAUGUCAGUACAAUCAAGAAAAUGUUACUAGUUUUCAAGAUUCAUGGAAACAAUGGAUUUCAUCAAUUCCUGCAAAGAAAAUAUUUCUCGGAUUGCCUGCUGCUCCUGAUGCAGCUGGAAGUGGAUUUAUUCCAGUUGGUGAUUUGACUUCUCAGGUGCUUCCAGCUAUAAAGGGUUCCACCAAGUAUGGAGGGGUUAUGCUAUGGUCCAAGUAUUAUGAUGAUCAAACUGGUUAUAGUUCCUCCAUUAAAAGUCAUGUCUAAAUAUUUCUACUGCUAUCUUAAAAGCUGCAUAUUACGUUCUUUCGUUUUAAUUUAUGUGAUGCACUUUGAUUAGAUAACGAGUUUAAGGGUCUGUUGUGUAUGGAUGUUUUCCCUUUUUCUUA